UUAUUGAUUACUGAACACCUUUAAAGGCGUCUCUAUUUUCCUACUUUCAUAUCACUCCUUUUUGAGUCUAUUGAAUCGGUCGACUGCAAUUCAUUUGAAAAUCUUUUCAAUACAAAUCAUAUGAAAGAAAUGAAAGAAAAAACGCGAUGUUCAUUUAACCGAAUCGGUUUCUUCUGAUGUAAUUUAACUAGUAAAUUUUAAAAUUGGAAUAUAAAUCGGAAACCUUAUUUAUGAAGUUAAAAACAGAUACAAAACAAAUGUAUUAACUACAUACGGGGAUAGUAUACGAGGUAUAAAUAAAGCAAUCAGAUGUUUCUAACAAACUUGUUUUAAUCUGUUAAAGACAGCAUUGAUUGUCAGUGUUCUAAAAAUAGAAGUGACACAAGACUUUCCUGGACUACGGUGUAACGAUGGCAACCGAUACUGACAGCGUCGCAGAUCACAUGACCCGGCUGCGGAUGAAAAUGGUCCAACAGAAAAUCCAGAAUGAGAAAGACAGACUGGUUAAUAGACCUCCCUCAGAAGAAAGCAACAGUAACGACCUUGAACAGCAGGCCCGACUGCAGCAGGCGAUGUUGAGACGCCAAGAGCUCCUGGAUAAGAUCAGAAGAGAGCAGCUACUUAACGAGGAAGGCAAGAGGCCACGUACGUACAGUGCUCGCCGUCGGUACACACCUUCCCCCCUGCCUGCCCCUCCAUCUAGACGAUCCCUGCCAGACUUCGCUAGAUACAACUACUUCUACAAUCAGCCAGACACUAACCGCUCUCAAAAGCAAGAUAUGUCCCAAGUGAAGCAUGUGAUUGAACACCGGAUAGCCUCCCCGAGCCGCCAGUAUAACUUGCCACCUAUACGACAGUUUCCCGCCAACCCGCCUCCAAUCAUUAUACCACCUCCGGCUCCCCACAUCAUGCAGCACCCGGCACCACAGUACAUACAGGCCCCACCCCAGCAUAUCAUACAGCAGGUUCCCAGCCCUGUGAUACAGCACCUGGGACCUGAGCCCCACAAGAGCAUGUUCAACAAAGCUGAGCUGGGCGAUAUGAUGAUGAUGCAGAACGCCCAACUGCACCAGUUAGUCAUGCAGAAAAUGAUGCUGAAUGACCUCGGUGGAGGCCAAGGUAACCGGGGUCAUUCCAGGGGUCAAGGUCACUGUCGAGGUCAUUCGUCCUGCUCAGGUCAUCACCAUGGAAACUCUUGCAGUUGUGCCUCCUGCAUUCCAGUGCCUAGAAUUGCGGCCCCUGCUGGUAACGUGCACCACCACCACUACACCACUCCUCCGCCCAGUCAGCCGGCUGUGCACCAUUACACCACUCUACCAGCUAUGGGCAUUCGAGGGGGUUACCCGAUGCAGGAAGCUACAGUGGUGAAACAAGAGCCAAAGACGCCGGAAGCAGUUCCUAGACAGGUUAUUCCAGUACCAAUCCGCAUGCCAAAAAAAGUAGCCCAGGCCCCGCCCAUAUAUGUGCAGCAGCCACCUCCCCCGCGUCCUAUACCUGUUCCGAUAAUUAUUCGAAGGCCCAGACCUAUUCAAUACCAAAUAGUGAAAGAAAGGACACCACUGCGUCCUAAGAAAACGGUAAAUGGGAAGACAGAAACUCUCCCUCGCAAAGGUUUUGCUUGGGGGUUCUGGCGUGUUGGAAUGGCAGCUUUGUUUGUUAUGCACCUUAAAAGCUUAAAACGUAGACCACAGAACUCAAGUAAUCGGCCCAGCAGCAUGUUUUUGUUUGGCAUCAUUUUGAAGGAGAUUGUGGCAGCUCUGCAUAGAAUAUACCUGAACCCCAAUGGCAACAUCUACCCAGUGUUGAAUGACAUCAUCGGCCCGAACUGUUACGACCUUGCAGAGUUGAUCCAUGGGGGUCGUGGAAUGGGGGCCAAAGAUGAGAGUGUACUCAUACAAGAGUUGCAAUACGUAAUUGAAAAUGUCAUAUACCACAUCACCGAAAUCAUGCCAACUACUGGUGUGCUGGGAACCCAUAGGAAGUCAGCCGUGUUUGAGUUGAUUCGGAGUGGGAAAAGAUUUCCUGAUGGCUACUUCUGGCAAGUGGAAAUGGAUCGACUGCAGUUGACAGACCAGGGUAGGACAGUGAACGUGGGGGACUCUGAGGGCUUCAUGUUGAUGUUGGGGAUCUUCAUCUCCAGAAGCCUCGUUACAACUAUCCUGAUGAAGCCUAUGGACUACGGACUCUCCAACACCCCACUGUCAGAUAUCGCGGAACGUAAUCUACGGAUUGUGGCCACUGCUCUCCUAUAUCUUAUACGUCGUAUAUCAAUAUCCAGGGGGCGGGGAAUCAUGGACAUGCCAUCAGAAAUAGCUGAAUAUCUGUACACGGAUGAAGAAAUGGACUAUAUAUACGGGAAGCUGUCUCGGACCUUCAACUACUGCGAAGGAUUGCUGCGGGAGUGGGGAACAGAAUACAUCCGGAGAUUACGGGCUAGCUCGAUGCAGUCAUAGAAGAAUGUGAUAGUGUUAUAACUUGUUGACUUGUCAUGUUGGGACAAAAUAUUAGCAUUUAUGUUAUAUAAGAACAUUGAUAAAGAAACUGUAAAAUAAUGUUUGUUUCAGCACACCCAUUUUAAAGCCACCAAAGCAAGGCAUUUACUUUCACUUCCUCUGUCCUUCUGUCCCACUCGUUGGGCGGAGCAUACCGGUACAUUAGUAUUAAAAAGGUUUCAAAUGAAACUUCGUAUAAUGAUAAAAAGUGCUUUAAAGGGAAGUGCGGAGUUCAAGAACUUAAACCUUUAUAGGAUUUACAUAUUUUUUACCUUAAAUCAAUUUUUUUGUUGUGCAAGUAAUGACAGUUUUUAAAUAAAUGUUGUACAUGGAGUACAAAAUCAGAGGAUUAUGGGUUAGAUUCCUGGCCCGGCCUCACAACUUGUGAGGGGACGGGUCAUGAAAAUAUUUAAACGAACAUUCUACCCGUGCCUCUGAUUACUUGAGCUUGUAUUCUAUUGUAUUUGUGAUAAUUGUGAGUUGGUAACAAAGGUACACAAUAUUGCUUUUACUUUUUUUAUUAAUAAUGCUGAUAAAAUUCAUAACGUUCACAUAUCUGUCAACACAAACUUGAAAUUAUUGUUCAUACGAUUGUGUUAAAAUACAGGUACAAUAUAGUAUUUUGAUUUGACAUAUAUAUAGUUGGUUAAUUGCAACAAUUUACUUUUCUUAUAUUUGAACAUAUCUAAAACAAAUCGGUCAGUGUUUUUGUAUGGCUAUUAAACUGUUGCGGCCACACAUUUUUUCAUGAAAAAUAAUUGGUCUUUGCACAAUAAUUGCAGCGCAAUCUCACAGCUUACUAUGAAUUAAUGAUUUGUGACACAACUAAUUGAUUGUCAUGGAAUGGUUGCAAAAUAAUGGAUUAAAUGACAAUUUACAUAAAAAAAUUAUACACUAAAUUAAACUUUUCUUAAUAAAAAGGGUAUUUUCUACCAAAAAUAUACUUUAUAAAUAAUAAUCAUUAAUUCCAUUUAUUUGAUAUGUUUAAUUAUUGAGACCAUAAUUUUUUUAGAUGUAAUUAAAAUGUAAUACUGUGUAAAUAAUGACUAUGAUUCUGUUGAGACAUCUUUCCAUUUAUGUAUUUUUGUUUGUUUGUAUAGCAUUUUGCACCAAAAUAAAACAGUAAAAA